AUGGAGGAGGGAAUCGAAUCGACUCGAAUCGGUUCGAAUCGACUCGAAUCGGUUCGAAUCGACUCGAAUCGACUCGAAUCGGUUCGAAUCGACUCGAAUCGACUCGAAUCGGUUCGAAUCGGUUCGAAUCGACUCGAAUCGGUUCGAAUCGACUCGAAUCGACUCGAAUCGGUUCGAAUCGGUUCGAAUCGACUCGAAUCGGAUCGAAUCAAGCGGGUAGCUAACAAGAGUCAAGCGGGUAGCUAA